AUGAGCGUUUCCCCGGACAGCAAGUGGAUCGCGAGCGGGUCAGAGGAUAACACCAUCAUCCUCUGGGACCCGGAUGGACAGCUGUGCCAUGAAUGGGUGGCUCACUACGGCGACGUCAAUUCUCUCUUAUUUUCCCCGGACAGCAGAUUCCUCGCGUCUGCCAGCCACGACGGGAAGGUCGUCUUCUGGGAUCUGAAACAGGAUGCACGUCUAGUCGCAACAAUCGCAGAGCACACGAAUAAAGUCCUCAGUUGCGCCUGGUCUCCUGACGGUACCAUGAUCGCAUCGGGGGGUGUCGACAGGACGGUCCGUCUCUGGGACACGAAGACAUUCCAGCUGCUCCAUCUCUGCGAUGGCGGGCACGAGUUCUGGAUUCGGUUUGUUCAAUUCUCUCCCGACGGACGCUGGCUCGCUUCUAAAGGCGUGGAUGACCACUACUGUAUAUGGGAUGUCGCGUCAGGCACGCUGCACAAAGUCUUUCCGGGGCAUAGGUAUUGGCUCAAUGCCGCCGCGUUUGACCCGGGGAGCACACGCCUCGCCACCACGUCGCGCGACCACACAGUGCGGAUCUGGGAUGUGGAGUCGGGGGAGCCGAUCCUCGUCUUACAGCAGCAUACAGAAUGGGCAUCGAAUAUGGAGUUCUCCCCGGACGGGAGCUUGUUGCUGUCUGCGACGUGGGACCAGACAGCAAACAUCUGGGACGCAUCCACUGGCGUCGUGAUCAUGUCACUGGACGGACACUCCAGUUUGGUCCAUGCAGCGCGCUUCUCUCCAUGUGGGAGGUACAUCGCAUCGGCAUUCUGGGACAAGACGGUGCGGUUGUGGAGGACAAGUAAUGGGUCGUGUAUUGCGACGUUCUUCGAACAUCAGGGACAGGUGUGGCACGUAGCGUUCUCCCCGGACGGCAAGACAUUGUCGUCUGGAGCAGCCGAUGGGACUGAUUUCAUCAGACGAUUAGAUCAAGUCAUUGCAGACGAAUUCUAG